CUCAUCAAUGACUCCCCAUGGAGGAUCUCCUCCACCUCCUCCUGCAGCCGCAUCCGCCCGCCCUCCCGCUCUGCGCUCCGCGGAACCCGAUGCUCUCCUCCUCCGUCUGAUUCUCCGUCGAGCGGAUCCGCGGCGGUCGAGGUGGGGGGCCAUCCGGGCAAAGGCAGCCGCGCCGGCGCGCACCGGCCCGCGGAGGCGGCGCCGCGCCAACGCGCCAACGCCAGCAACAACAACAACAUGCUGAGCCGGGUCAAGAUCGCCGUGGCGGGCUUCAUGGGCGGCAUCACCGGGGGCGGCGGCGGCUCCGCGGGGGGCGGCCACGCCGGCGCAGACAUGCCGCUGAAAUUCCCCUACACGCGGCCGGACUUCCUCGGGCUGUCCGCGGACGAGGUGGAGUGCUCCGCGGACCACAUCGCGCGGCCCAUCCUCAUCCUGAAGGAGACCCGGAGAUUACCGUGGGCCACCGGAUACGCCGAGGUGAUCAACGCCGGGAAGAGCGCUCUGAACGAAGACCAAGCCUGCUGUGAGGUGGUGGUGGCGAGGAGGAGACCCAUGAGCUACUGCCCGCCCUCCACGCCCAGCAAGACCCCCACCGCCAAGAGGAGGAACUCUCUGCCCAACGGGGAAGGUCUGGGGCUUCGGAUGGAGCACGGCAGGAUGGGAGAGGACAGCGAAGGCCUCAUAUUCCACUACUGGGCUCUGUUCGACGGCCACGCCGGCUCGGGCGUGGCGGUCAUGGCGUCCCGCCUGCUGCAGCACCACAUCGCCUGCCAGCUGCAGGCCGUCAUAGAGAUCCUGCGUAACCUGCACUCUCCGCCCCCGACCGUGAUGGGCGAGGAGCCGGACAGUAACCCGUUCCUCCAGGGAAGCACGCCGGGGCCGCACAGGGCGCUGACUCGGGCCGCCUCCCUGCGUGGGGCUGCAGGGGCCCCCGGCUCGCCGUGCAGCACGCCGCCUCCUCCACGCUUCUUCACUGAGAAGAAGAUCCAACAUGAGAGUCUGGUGAUCGGAGCCAUAGAGAACGCCUUCAAAGAAAUGGACGCCCAGAUUGAGCGAGAGAAGCAGGUCUAUAACAUCAGCGGAGGAUGUACGGCGCUCACUGUGGUUUACCUGCAGGGAAAGCUUUUUGUCGCCAAUGCGGGGGACAGCAGGGCCAUCAUCAUCAGAGACAGCGAGAUAAUUUCCGUGUCAACAGAGUUCACGCCGGAGUCAGAGCGACAGCGACUUCAGUUUCUGGGUUACAUGCAGCCUCACCUGUUAGGGAACGAGUUCACACACCUGGAAUUCCCCCGCAGAGUUCAGAGGAAGGAGGUGGGCAAGAGGAUGCUCUACAGAGACUUCACCAUGAACGGAUGGGCCUACAAGACCAUCGAGGAUGAAGAUCUGAAGUUUCCUCUCAUAUACGGCGAAGGGAAAAAGGCUCGAGUUCUGGCCACAAUCGGAGUGACGCGCGGCCUCGGUGACCACGACCUCAAAGUUCACGACUCCAACAUUUACAUCAAGCCCUUCCUCUCCUGUUGCCCUGAGGUGAAGGUGUACAGUCUGAUGGAGUACGAGCACGGCACGGACGACGUUCUGGUGAUGGGAACCGACGGCCUCUGGGACGUCUUAUCCAAUGAGGAAGUAGCAGAAGCUGUCACCUCCUUUCUCGCUAACUGUGACCCUGACGACCUGCACAGGUACACGAUGGCAGCACAGGACCUGGUGAUGCGAGCACGAGGUAUUCUGAGAGACCGGGGGUGGAGGAUCACCAAUGAGCGUCUGGGCUCCGGAGACGACAUCUCCGUCUUCAUCAUCCCUUUGAUGUACGGCAACCGCCAGCUCUGAUGCGCCGAGGCGCUGCGGCUCAAGAGCCCCAAGAGCCUGUAGACUCAGCAGGAACGAUGAGUCAGGGGAAACAUUUCCUUUUCGUUUUUCUCUAUUUUUCUUUUUUUAUUCUCUCCAGUAGUUUAUUAGAGCAAACAGGUCAAGGGCCGAUGCUGCGGUUGGCCUGUUAAUGGAAAAUGCUGCAUCCUGAACUUCCACGGUUGUGAAAACUACAGAAAAAAGGGAAAACAAGUACUUCCUCCAUCUUUUUUUCCUCCAUCGUCGUGCUCAGCUCUUCCUCCUUACCUCGUUCAUGUUUUAAAGAAAUACCUCCUUAUUCGUUGUGCAAACUCGGACAAAGCUGACGGGUCAGCUGCAUUUUUUUUGUUUUCUUUUUUGUUGUUUUGCCACAGUGUGGCUUUGAAGA